UAAUUUGACAAGUAUGAUUGAUUGUUUACCUAAUAACUUCAUUUAUAAAUGUUAAGAGAAACAUCAAUUGGAUUGAGAGAAUCUUACUCACCUUGUUGAGCAAGUUUGAUAAUGCAAGCAGGCAAGUGGAUUUGUCAAGGCCUGAAAUGACACUUUACAAGUCAGUCGUGUAACUUCAUUGAUUUCAGAUGUUCUUUUUGUGGCAUUGAUGGGGUGAAGAACUGCUAAAUCAUUUCCACAUAUGACCAUGACAUGAGCAGGUGAUGAAUUAAAGAAUAGACAGGAAAUACAAGGAAAGCAAGCAAACACUGGGAGAAUAUGGGUUCUGGAGAAGGAUCUAUUCCACUGAAGAUAAGAUUAUUUGUCUACCUGAGCCAUGCUUUAUCCACUUGGGGUGACAGGAUGUGGUCAUUUGGCGUGGGCUUGUUUAUGGUUAUCAUAUCACCAGAAUCUCUCAGGGUAACGGCUGUCUAUGGGCUCUCUAUGGGUACAGCAGUGUUGUUGUUUGGAGCACUUGUUGGUGAAUGGAUUGAUAGAACACCUAGGUUGAAAGCUGCCAGGAUGAGUCUUAUUGUACAGAAUACAAGUGUAGUUGUCUGUGCCCUUAUUGUAUAUACUGUUAUAACAUGGAAGACAGAGAUACAAGCUGCCUGGCCUAACGAGGGACUUCUCAUACUGAGCUAUGUGGCGAUCAUUCUAGUGGCUAUACUGGCAAUGUUAGGAAGUAUUGGUACUAACAUCGCAGUACAGAAAGACUGGAUUGUAGAGAUAUGUGGAGAUGAUAAAAAUCUACUUGCUAGUAUGACGGCUACAUUACGUAGAAUAGAUCUCUGUAACAAACUUGUGGCCCCCAUAGCUACUGGACAAAUUAUGUACUUUGCAUCAGUUGGUGUUGGUGCAUUUUUCAUUGCCGGAUGGAACCUUGUCUCAGUGUUUAUAGAAUACAUUCUACUUUGGAAGGUGUAUAGCCUGGUACCAGCUUUGAAAAACAAAAAGUUGUGGAAUGGGGAACCAGCUGAACAAGAAAUGGAAACACUUAAAAGUAACCAAGGAGAUGACCUUGAUGUUGAAGGUCAUGACCCAAUUACCAGUAGCAACAGUAUUGGUGAUGCAGAAAAACUAAAUGAAGAUGCAAGUGUUGCUACUGAUGAAGAGACUAAGCUAAAGAAUGAAACAGAGCAAAAGAAAGAGAAGAAAAAGGACCCAUUCUGGAUAAAGAUGUUUUCAGGAUUUAUUAUUUUGUAUCGUGGAUGGAAGACCUACAUUAAAUACGAUGAAGCAUUUGCUGGUCUUGGACUAGCAGCACUCUACAUGACAGUGCUGGGUUUUGACAAUAUUACCGUUGGUUUCGCUUACACACAAGGUAUUAACGAGUCAAUUAUGGGCGUAGCCAUGGCAGCAGGAGCUAUCACAGGGAUUGUAGGAACAUUUCUAUAUCCUUUCAUAGGUAAACGCAUUGGACUGGAAAGAACAGGCUUGUUUGGCUUUUUCUUUGAAGUGAUGUUUUUGUGUCUCUGUGUGGCGUCCAUUUGGGCACCAGGAUCACCAUUUGAUCCUUUCCUUAAACAAUCAGCUGACACAAUUACAGUUUGUAAUUUACCCAGUGAUAAUGGUACAGGGUUAACAAAUGGAAAUUUGACUUCUGUGCCUUACAAUGUAACAAAUUCUGAUGUGUUUAAUAAAACAAUUGGAAAUACUAGUUUAAGUGUUGCUGGACUGCAGCAAACCAUGACUGGAUUGAAUACUACUGGAGAUCAGUCAAGUUGUGCUGAACAAGAGGCAGAUAGAGGCAAACAUUCCCUUAUUUCUGUGUGGCUUUUAUUGGCUGGAAUUAUUGGAGCAAGAUGUGGUUUAUGGAUGGCAGAUUUAACUAUUACACAGCUAUUCCUGGAACAUGUUAAAGAAACGGAACGUGGUAUUGUAAAUGGCGUUCAAACUUCACUCAAUAAAUUGAUGGAUAUGCUCAAGUUCAUCAUGGUGAUAGCAGCCCCAGAUCCUCAUGUUUUUGGCAUUCUCAUUUUAGUUUCCUUCUUUUUUAUCAUUCUUGGUUGGAUUUCAUAUGCUAAAUAUUCAUAUGGGGUCAGAGGUCAUUUAUUCCAUUUUGAUAAGAUAAGAAAAUGUGAAUGUUCGGAUACCAGAAAUAAUAAUCAAGUUGAGGAGGUCAUAGGUGAUUGAUAUAGUCUUCUAAUUCAAGUCAAGUUAAAAAAUGAUAUAUUUAAGCUUUCUGUUAAGGUUAAUGUCCAAAAAACUUUAAAAUAUUAAAGAAAAGUUGGAAUACUUUUCAACAACAAAUUUCGAUUGCGCUUCUUAUGGAUAGAUAACUCGUGGAGUCAUUUUUUGCUUAAUCAUCUCCUGUACCUUUAUAUAUAUUUUCUAAAUUUUCUCAAAAACCUUCGUAUAUGUUCUCUCUUGUUUUUAUGAAGAACAGAUAAAUCUGCCAAGCAGUUUUGUAGAUAUGCUCUCUUUUCUUUUUUACUUCUAUUCACCAUUGACAUUAGUUGUCUGCUUAUUUGACAGCUCUUGUUUUUGUUUUAUACACAAGAUACAUGACAUGUUAAAGAAUCUCAUUAUAAAGUAAUUAUUAAGUGAUAAGAAUUGAAGGAUGUUAAUCUCAGGCACAUGGUGCCCAAUCACUGACACCAUCAUAAAUAUCAAAAUGUGCUUCAGUUGCACACUCUUUA